AUGAUUGAGCCUGGAAAUUUUGCAUUAAAUUUAGAGAUUAAAACUGAAAGUAAAAAUGUUACUAACGAAAAAGAUCCGAAAACUCAGGAAAAGAAAACUAAAUCAAAUUUCCCAGAAAAAUUCAGAGAGUUUGUUGCCGAAGAUCAAAGUAAUACAAGAGAUGAUAAUGAGAAAACCAAUACACAAUUUCCAGAAAAAUUUAGGGAGUUUGUUGCAGAAGAUCAAAGUAAUUUAAAUAAUUCUCAACCAUCAGAGAAAUUUAAAGAAAUUGCUGCUAAUAAUGGAAACAAGACAAGAGAACAAGAAAAGAAAAUUAAUUCUCAACCAUCACAUAAAUUUAAGGAAUAUAUUGCUGAAGAUGGAGAUAAAAUAAAAGUACAAGAAAAGAAAACAAACACUCAAUUUCCAGAAAAAUUUAAAGAAUUUGUUGCAGAAGAUGAAAACAAUAUUAAGAAAACUAACUCUCAAUCUCCUGAAAAGUUUAAGGAAUACGUUGCUGAUGAUGAAAACAAAAUAAAAGAUCAAGAGAAGAAACCUAAAAAAAUUCAACCAGUUUCAGCUGAUUCUAACAAACCAAAAUCAUCAGAGAAACCUAAAACAAGGAAAGAAGAAAAACCAAAGAAGAAUGAAUCAACAACUUCUUCUAAAGAUGGUCAACCAAAAAAGGAGGAAAAACUUUCUUUCAAAGAAUGGAUACCAGAAAAAGAAAAUAAGACUACUCAAUCUACAGAACCAAAGAGAAAAGAAGAAAAGAAAGCCAAAACUCCUAAUUUUGAUGAGUGGGUUGCUCCCCAGCCAAACAGUUGUGUUCUUGAUCCAAAAAAGCUCAAAUCAAAGAAAUGA